UGUUUAUUUUCGUUUUUAAAUUUAUAUAAAUAUAAGUGUAAGUGUUCGUACCUUUAGAUUAAGCUAGUGUAUAUGGUGUGAAAAUAAUUUUAUUUGAUUUCGUAAUAAUGACUUGAGGCUGUGUGUUUGGUGAAUAAAAAUUUGUUGUGUUGUUAAGAAUUAAAAAUAAUGGAAAAUUUAACCCUCCUGAACAUCAGUUCUCUACUCAUACAAGAAGUGCCAUCGAGUGUCAGCACUGUUAUAGUGAGGAACAAAACUGUGAGCAACGCCUACGAAUGGAGAUUCGUACUUCCUCCCUACUUCCUUAUAUUCAUGCUGUCUAUAUCUGGCAACUGCCUCGUGAUAGCGACUCUGGCAAACAAUCGACGAAUGAGGACCGUCACUAACGUGUAUCUGGUGAAUUUGGCGAUAUCAGAUUUCCUCCUGGGAGUAUUUUGUCUUCCAUUUACGCUUGUUGGACAAAUAUAUCGACGCUUUCUUUUUGGGGCCACACUCUGCAAAUUGAUACCAUUCUUACAAGCUGUCUCUGUGUCAGUGGAUGUUUGGACGUUGGUUGCAAUAUCAUUGGAAAGAUACUUCGCCAUCUGCAGACCACUAAAGUCAAGAAAAUGGCAGACUCAGUGCCACGCCUACAAAAUGAUAGCUACAGUAUGGAUUCUGUCGCUGGUAUCCAACUCACCUAUACUCAUCGUAUCCACGCUGCAGCCGAUGAGAGGAAAUGGUUAUAAAUGCCGGGAGGUAUGGACAAGCGCGGAGUUAGAACGAGCAUUCAACCUCGGUUUGGACGCAGCACUUCUUCUAAUUCCAUUCUUCAUCAUGUCCUUCGCGUACUCGCUGAUUGUCACCAAGCUAUGGCGAGGAAUGCAGCAUGAGAUACAACACAAUUUUAAUUGGCAAAGACAUUUGCACGGCGAUGGAUCAUGCAAGACCAACCACUUGUUGUCAUCGACUCCGGUUGCGAACGGAAACUCCAUAGAACUUUGUUGCAGGCAUGGAUGUAACGUAAAGAAACUAAACAAGGAGAACGAAGUGAAGUUGGAUGGAGAGAAAAUACAAAAUUGUUGCUUAACUGACGUAGAGUUCAGACAUGUGGUUAGAUCAACACAUAUUGACAAAAGUAUCGAAGCCAAGAGAAAGGUAAUUCGAAUGCUGUUUGUCAUUAUUCUGGAAUUCUUCGUCUGCUGGACUCCAUUGCAUGUAAUCAAUACUAUCUACCUAUUUUAUCCAGAAGAGUUGUACCAGUACAUUGGCUCGAAAGGCAUCAUUUCCAUGCAACUACUUGCCUACUGCUCAUCGUGUUGUAAUCCUAUCACUUAUUGCUUCAUGAACAGGAAGUUUCGACAGGCAUUCAUCAGCCUCUUUAAGACUUGCCGGCUUUUGAGAUGGUGUUUUCCUGAGAAACUGGAAGGCAAACAAUUGACGCCUCCGCCAUCUAGCCAAGAUGCUACGGCCUGCAUUAUAAGGGGAAGCCAAACAGGACGCACUGAGCUGGAUGGGCAGGGUGAGGAUUGUGUUUAGCAGCGGCUCACAAAGCACAGCGUUAGGAAGUGGCCCGCACUCCACAACAUCCGCCGUAGUCGUCGCGCGGCCCGUUACACAGGUUCUCGAGACCGGAAAGGAAGGCAGCCAAUUUCUCUAUCGCAUCACAUGGCCAAGGACGACGCAAAUGAAAGGGACAAACUCACAACCGCUCUAUGAAUAGUGAGAGUGAACUUAAUAAGUGAAGUGAAAAGUCGAAUUUUGUUUUCAACGAGCUUGUUUAGUGUUUAUAAUAUGAAUAUAAGGAAGUUGAGAGUACACAUGUAUUAUAAUAUUUAUGUAUAUAUAUAGUCAUAUUGUUAUUAAGUGGAUUACAUCAAUAGAUCAUUAUUGAAAUACAUUGUAUAAACUAUAUAAUAUUAUGUACAUAGUGUAAAUAAAUGACGUGCGUUAGGUUAGGUUUUUUAGGCUAUCUAUCUUUAUGUAAUAGAUUUACGGCCGUUUUCAAUAACGCAUCUUUAGUUACGGAUAUAUUGCUAUCAGCGUCUUUCCAUAGUUAUGUCCAAUAUAGUUAUAGUCCAAUUUUAUCUUUCGAUAAGUUAUUGAAAUGUAAGUAAGCGUAAAAGGAUAGAUUUGUCUACCUCUAGUGAGUUAAACUAAGGAUAUAUAUGGUAUUGAAAACGGCCGUUAAGGAGUAUUUAAGAAAUCAUAUUUCAUAUUCUUGUAGCAAGUAAUAAAUUUGGAAUAAAUUUAACGUCCUAAAACAUUCAUUUCAUACAUUUAUUGAUAUUAUUAUUGAGUCGUCAUGGCAGUGUUGUGAUUUAUUGGGGCACAAAUUGAAAAUAGAAUAGGCUAUGGAAUAUUCCUUAGUACUACCGUAAUAAUAUACUUAUCGAUUAAAGAAAAUCAUUGACACGGAAAAUCCAAAGGAACUUUGAUUUAUUUCAUUACACAACCAAUAAAACGAAUUUGAUUGUUUCUUAACUACCUCUACCAGGGAUAAGGUACCCUUAUAGCCUUAGCACAUGGUCGGAUUUGGUACGACCAGACCAUCGGACGGUCCAGUGGGCGCCACGCACCAUUUGGUCUGGCGUCUUACCCGGUACGGUCCGGACGAUAAAAAUAAUAAUCUUGUGCGAUGAACAUGGAACAUGGGGACAUACCAUUGAAUAUAGUCCGCUACCAG